AUGGCAAUCGACGAUGAAAGAGUGUGGUCCAGCGGCGCGCGCGCGGCGCAUGCGCACUGGCCGCCCGGCGCGCCUCGGCCGGCGACCACGCGGACCCGCGAGGCGCAGAAGCCGGCACGGGCAGAGAUGCUGCGGCUGCCGCUGCCGGCGUGCUGCCCCGCCGCCAUGGACUGCGCGCGCGACCACGAGCUGCUGCUGCUGCGCGAGCACCACCGCCGCCUGCACCUGCUGGCCGCGCUCUCCGCCUCGCAGCGCCUCGUCGCCCUCUCGCAGUGGAGCUGUCUUCCCGUUGUGCCAAGAGCGGAAAGCCGACAACCAAAGCCAGAGAAGCCACCAUACUCGUACAUCGCACUCAUAGCCAUGGCUAUCAGUUCUUCCCCGGGCCGGAAACUCACUUUGAGCGGCAUUUACCGCUUCAUCAUGGAGCGAUUUCCAUACUACCGGGACAACCGACAAGGCUGGCAGAACUCCAUCCGUCAUAAUUUAAGUCUAAACGACUGCUUCAUCAAGGUUCCACGCGACCGGGACAUGGAGGCGGGUGCAAGCAGUGGCAAAGGAAGCUACUGGACGCUGGACCCAGCGGCGGCCGACAUGUUCGAGCAAGGCAAUUAUCGCAGGAGGCGCACCAGGAGGUCCCGGUCUGCGGCGUCCAGUGCACACAAUGCCGCGGCCGAAACACAGGCAAUCAACAGUCCCCACGACCAGUUGCAGAAGGGUGAAGCUGGCAGCCCCACCUCUGGCCAAUUCAGCAAAUCAGCGCUUUUCAGAAUUGAAAAUCUCAUCAGGAAAACAUCUCCUAUGUGACAACAACUAAUUCGUUGUGAGUGGGUGGUCGUGCCAAAGGUGCCACAUGUUAUGGGGACGUGAACUGUAGCAGUGUAGCGUACAAAGGUGGACAAACAUGCAAUUGCAAACUUCACAAGCGUACUUCUUAAUGCAUUUGGUGGAAGCAUGCUUGAGUCGAUACAGGUAAUCUUACACAAUUAUCUGAACUGUGAAAUCUGUUGCACAAGUGCUCGAUAUUCCGUUACAAAAAUUUGUGAAAGCUUACCGACAAGUUAAUGUCUGCGCCUGGGAACCAACUCUUUGCAGGCUUGUUGUCACAAACGUCAAUUGUGAGGCAUUAUUCGCAGCAGCAGCAACAUCAUGUGGAAAAACAUGCAGAAAAGUCGCUGGAAGAAUUUAUUCAAAAGUGUGAAAUUCAGUUUUGUCUCUUGACCAAAUAAUUGGUGACUGCUUGUGUUAUAGAUUCGUAAUUGUAUCCUCCUUCGUACUCGAAGUAGUUACAGAACAGUGUGAGAUGCUUUUCUUUAUUAGACCUGGGGUAACUACACCAGUCACGUGGAUAUAUUUUCAAUCUACCUUACAAUUAUUAGUGUAACCACCUUAAAUCAGCAGUUGUUUCCUCUGUAACAGGUGAGGGAAGUCAUGCACGGGAGAUAACACGUGUUAUAAACCACUGGCACAUCUAACAAUAAGUGAAGUAUUGUAAAAAAUGUGUAAUAUUUAUUGUUCAUUGUAAAUGGUAGCAAUAACAUUUUUCAAUGUUUAUGCGGAAAACAACUAUGUCCCAUGACAAUUUUUGUAUAUAUGCAAUAAUGCAUUAAUUUUAUACAUAUAAUA